UUAUGAAACGCCUGGAUGUCAGGGACCACGUAAUGAGCUAGGAGUCGCUAAAUCGGAGUUUUGAACUGGCUUAUUAAAACGAACUGUUCAAACGAACCGAAUCUUGAACAUGACUUCCGCUUUACUAGUUGAUUCUGUGGUGGGCAUGAACACCCAUCAUUUUUGCCCUUAUAAAAUUCGCCAUCUAGCGUUUUGGAGGAUAUUACAGCUGUUUGACAGAUGUAUCUGUGCUGCCAUUGGUCGGGUCCCCAAUGAAUAAGCACAUUUGUCAUAACCGGUAUCAAAAUAUCACUGUGUCACUGUGACGAGGCGGACGUGAACGCUGCAUCGGAUUUGUCAACAACCCGUGGUUUAUUAUUUUCCUAAAAUAAUUUAAAACAACAACGAAUGUGUACCUUGUCUGAAUGUUUAAUGCGAUGAUGGAAAUGUGAGCCAGCAAAACACCGAAGUCUGGUUUUUCGAGUUCAAUCAGAGCGAGAAACUCAAGCUAAGUUUCAGUGCUAGCUGUAAGAGUUGCGUUUUUGUUUGUAAACACACGUUUGUCUGAAGCCGUAGCGAUGGCGGAUGGAAGUUCUUUCAACGCGAAGUUGUACAUUUAUGACCUGUCAAAAGGACUGGCCCGUCAGCUGAGUCCCAUGAUGUUAGAAAAAUUCAGCCUUUGGAAGUAUGUGAAGAAAUGAGUGAUUGCAAUUUUAUAUCUACAUUGACAGGAAAGCAAGUCGAGGGAAUAUGGCACACCUCUAUAGUGAUUUAUGGGGAAGAGUUUUUCUUUGGAGGAGGAGGCAUUAUGAGCUGCUUUCCGGGUGGUACUAUUCUAGGUAUGCCUGAUUCCAUAGUGGACCUUGGAAACACAGAAGUUCCCCGGGACCUUUUUCAGGAAUAUCUGUCUUCGCUCAGGGAGUCUACUUACAGACCUGAAAAAUACCACCUCUUUGAACACAACUGUAACACCUUUAGCUCUGAGGUUGCACAGUUUUUAACUGGAACUAAGAUUCCCUCAUACAUCACUGACCUCCCAUCUGAGGUGCUCGCUACACCUUUUGGACAAGCGCUCCGUCCUUUUCUCGAUUCAGUCACCAUCACUCCAUCAGGGGACAAUGGCAUGAAUGGAUAUGGCCAGUGGUAGAUCUGGCUGCAUCUAAAAAUGUAUUAUUACAGCAGUCAAGAAGCUUGUGUAUCAGACGUAUAAUAAUAAUAGUUUACUGAAGUUUCACCCAUUGUGCCUAUAUAAAUAGCAUUUAUAUAAAAGCAGGUCUUCCAUAUUUUCUGCUCAGUGCCUUUUCAACUCAUGUGAUGUUUUUCAGUCUUUUGAACUUUCCUUCAGUGAUCUGCGGUGUAAACAAAUAGUUUGUCUGUAUUGUUGACUUUCCAGUACAGGAUUUACAGUUCCACUGAUACAAACUACCAGUGGCAACAAAAUGUUAGAUAUAAUAACCCCUGUGGAUGUUUGAAAUGUAAAAUGUAUUUUAUAAAACUACAAAGUAGUAUUAUAAUUACUAGGCAAUUGUUUGCACUAAUCUUUAAAAAUUCGGCCAACUUUUUUAAUCAUUUAAAUGAACCAAAGCAAAUUGUAUCAGGAUUCCCCUCGACAGUCUGUAGGUGUCUCUGUUCUACCUCUCAACAUGAUCUGUUACGUUAGAUGCUUUAAGAGGAUUAGAGGAUGAGAAUUAGGCUGCUAGUUAUUAAAAGUAUGCUAUGGUGAUUGAUACUGAUUUGAGGAGUCAUUUAGAGUCCCUUAUUUAUGUUUAAAUUCAUUAGACAAUUCAUGCACCUUUACUGUUUACUGUGCUUUCAGAUGUCUAACUCAGCCACACUUUCCUUAAUCAGUCACUUCCUUUAUACUGAUUACUGACUCUUUCUGUGUUGUAAGUUGUUAUCUAAACCUUACCUUUACUCAGAACAACAUUUAUAUCAAUCCUAGAGUGCCGUGAAUAUAUAUAUAACGAAGAGGGUUUAAGGGGAUCAGUGACGUUGCAAGAAGCACAGUGUCCCACAGAUGAAGCUAAUGAAUGUUUUAUAAAAUGUGCAGGUGUCACCAGCAAUGGACCCAAUAGGAAAGUUGUUGUAUUUUAAGUCUUUUGACUCUUGUUCAGUUGCUUCAAAUAUAGUAGGAAUGUGGCUUUGGUGACCAUUAAUAGUAAUUAUUCGACUAGCAGUAUGUAAUUCAUAACUAAGUGGUUUGAUGGUAAAUGGUCUGAACUUUCUAAAGUCCAUAUAGGACCAAUGUAAUCAUAACAAACACAUUAGCAAUGAGACAUUUGAAUGAUUUGUAACCGGUUUAUGUGAACAAUGUGAAAUGUGAACAAUUUGUAACUUGAGAUUUUAUAAAUGUAAAAACAUUCCCAGUAGUAAUGUCACAGUAAGAUUACUUUUAGUAUGUUCAGGUUAUGCUUCCUGAUUGAUCUGUGCUACUGUGGUUCUAAAAAAAAAAAAAAAAACUAUUUACAGCUUUCCUGCCUCAAAUAAACCUCAUUCAUGUGUUUAAAUGUGUUAUGUUAAACGUCAUUGUAUCUCAGCUCUAAACAAAUAAAGACAUUCUGAAAGUAUAAAGAUGGGGUGGCUUU